UGCCAGGAACCCUAUCCCUGCCAUUGAAACGGGAACGACGACGCAAGCAUCGAGCGAGAGAAGAAGAUAUACCAAAUACCAGCAAGUCAACAAGGCGAUGUCGUCUCUUCUCCGCCUUCAUCCGCCGCCUUCUUUGUCAUCCAUGGAGGCUUCGAAUCUAAAUUCCUUCUCCUCCUUUCAAAGACGAUCCACGCCCCAAUGGUCGAUGCCGUUCCAAUCAUUACCAGCGACAUCGCUAAAACUUUUCAGAUACGGUGGAGGGAGUGACCUCGUGCCUCUCGCAUCGAGUGCAACAACUUCUGGGGGGUCUGAUGACUCAAUUCUAAAUUUAAGAAUUGAUGAUAUCCUUAAAAUGUUCGAUGGAUUUCCUGAACCAGUUAAGAACUUUCCGUGGAUGAGAGUGGUCCGGAUUUUCCAAAGCAUCAUCUUUGAGCUUGUAUUGGCCGUGCUGAGGUACCUCAGCGUCCCACUUUUAGCUAUCACGUCUCUCAGCGAGAUGUCCUACUGCGCCCAUGAGAGAAAGAUGGGUGUGAUCCCUAUUCCGUUCGCAUUCGGUUUUACCCUUGCCAAGGUACUUAAGGGCGUUGCAGAAGACUUUUCAUCAGACCUUAAGGAAGGCGAGACUCCCUGGCAUCUGUUUCUGAUUGCUAGCUUUUUCACAUUGCUCAAGUUGCCUGGUCCUUACUAUCCAUAUCUCGGUCGAUUAUUGAUUCCUCACUUUGCCAAUGGUGGCCUUUGCAUGUCUUUUUGGCUAAUAUUUAUGUGGUAUAGAAGACCUCAUGCAAAAUCUGAAGCUUCUUUGUAGUUUUGUUGUCUUAUCUAUCUUACUUUCUCUUCUUCAUGAUGAAUUCUAUGUAUGCAGAAUUGGUGUAUACCUUUCUCAAAAAUUAUUCUAUUAUUUAGAUAAGAAUGUUGUUCCAAAUGUCUGGAAAAUAUUUAAUUCCAACCA